CAUGGCCACAGUAAUGUUUAAAUUCAUCAAUUCUUUUGAUAUUGAGAAAAGAACAUUUAUUGAUUAACUUUUAAGCGGUCAUUCAAUGAGUAUGUUGGAAAAUCACGUUUCCUCUGCAAAACGAAAUUUCAACUGGUAGAAUCAUUUGGAUUUAUUUGCAUCGUGCAAAUCAUUAUUAACCAAGACUUUCAGAAAUUCAGACAUUCAAAACUGUUCAGAUAUGAACGCGCAGACGACAUUUAAGGUUGUAAAUCCGAUGCGUUUAUGUGCACUUGUUGUUUUAAUUAUAUCUGCGCCAAAGGUUCUUACAGAAACGACGACAGACAUAACAUCCACAACAUAUACCGUGACGACGCCGGCAGAUGUCGCUUCUCAGAAACCGACGACACAAAAACCCGCGACUGUCCCGCCAUCAUCAGGUCCGUUGAGUUCUACUGUAAAAGUACCGGUAACCAAACCCAACACCGGGACCACUAAAGGUUCAGUUCCGGUACCAAAACCUUCUACAAAGGCUGCCAGUCAAACCACUAUAAAAAUAACCACGAAAAAGCCAACUCCAGUGCCGACAACUAAGAAAUCUAUACCAGUAACAACCAAGGUAAGCACAAUAAAGCCUCCAGCUCCGGUGUCUGUAACUACGAAGAUUUUGGACCCGAUUAAAGUGACAAAAGCUUCAGCGACAAAGACUUCUGAGAAGCCAGGAAACGAAGGGCAGUUUGAACCAUUAUCGGAACCUUCUGACACGGGGUCUACUGUAGGAAGCGUAGUCGGGGCAAUAGUCGGGGUAGCUGCCGUGAUCGUGGCUUUAAUUCUGUUCUGGAAAUUAGGCGUGCUGAAAAAGUGCAAAGAGUUUCCUUGCAAAAGAUCAAAAGUUGGAACCUAUGACGUAGAGAAUGGAGAGGUAACUAAGAACGGAACAAAACCUCUCGAUGCUCAAAAGGGAACAAAACCUCCAGAUGCUCAGAAUGGAACAAAACUGGCGGAAAAGACACUUAAAACAUUGUAGAUAUUUAUUUUAAAAUUGUUAUCUCAGACUUAUACUCGUAUAAUCUUCACCAUGUUUCAAGGUUAUGAAAUCAAAAGUAACAUUUUUGACAUGAAAUUAUUCUGCUUUGCUACAUAAAUUAAUCCUUGUCUUUUUCAUUUCCUUAAAGAGGUUUUA